AUGUCUGAGUUGCAGGGAUUUCUGGCCCGGGGCAUACUCCUGCUCCGUCAGUUUGUUCGUUCGUUUGGUACGGAUCGGUUCGUGAUCUUGCUCCAACUAAAAGUGUAUGCAAAUAUGGAGCGGCGAAAAAGUGUAGUGCGUGGAUUUAUUUUAUUUCUCGCACUGAUUAGCACAGUCGACGGUUACAAAAGAAAUCCCCUUAAAGAUCCUCGCAUUUGUGGACGGCCCGUGUGCUCCAAUGCUAACAAUAAGUUCCGGUACAAUGUUGGCUCCUUGUACAAGUACGACCAUUCGAUGUUCGUGAAAACCGCCCUGGUCGGUAGUGGCGAUAAUGUCUCGGAGCUACACAUAUCGUCCGUCGUCGAGGUAGACUACUAUGCGCCCUGCCAGGGUAUACUGAGGCUGUACUCGAUCGAAGUACGCGAACAAGCGGUGCAGGAAACAGACGAUACGGACGUUGAGUAUGGAGAGGAACCGAGCGCAACGGAUAAUCUCGAAUUAUAUCAUGAUGAACUGGGCGGUGUGCAUCCGAAGAGUGAAGCAAUCGCCGAGGAGCUGACGCGUUUCGAGCUUCGCUUUGCCUUCCACGAUGGCACGAUCAGCGAGCUGUGCCAUGAGAGCGAUGAGCCAGUGUGGACGCUGAAUUUCAAGCGUGGAAUUUUGUCCACCCUGCAAAACACGAUGCCACGGUUUGACAUCGAUUACGAAACGACCGAAACCGAUGUGUCCGGUGUGUGCGAUGUGAAGUACAAGACGAACGGUCGGAACGGGACCAGCCUGAUAUUCCGCAAGACGAAGGACAUCAUGUCGUGCAAGCGGCGCUACAAAACCAUAUCGUUUAUUCAAACGGUGGCGUACGAUUUUCGAUCGAAUUAUGUUGCAUGGCCCAUUCUCAACUCUACCAGCUAUUGUGAUAUUUCGAUCGAUAAUUCGAUCUAUAAAAGUGUGACCUGCUACGAACGUCAUCAGCUGGAACCAUUUUCCCACGGGCUGAGCGGUGCCGUGACCGAGACGUCCAAUAAACUGGAGCUGGUCGAUGAAGAGGCAUACACUCAUGAUAGUCAUACAAACGAGGAGAUUGACAUUCAGCACCGUUCCUCUUUGCUGUACGAUCAUACACCGUCGGUGCGCGAUAGCCACAAUGAAAACAAAGCGGCCCGGGAGCUGCUGAUAGAGCUGUGUGCCCAAGGAUUCCCCAACAUUAAGCGCGAAUUUCCGGACGUAUUUCUCAAAUUUCUUACUGCGGCUCGCGUCCUAUCGGACACGGCACUGAGUGAGUUGGUGAAGCGCUCGAAAUCUAUUUGCGAGAAUGGACAAAACCACUUGGUAGAAAGCUUGCCUUACAUCGGUACAGCUGCGUCGGUAAAAGUCAUGAAGGACCACAUCGUGGAAGGAACGGUAAGCCAUCCGCUUGCCAGCAAAUGGAUGGAAUCGUUCGCCUAUUUGACGCGCCCGAACGAGGAAGUGCUCGGGGUGAUGAAGGAGUUGAUCGAAUACGGCAAGGAGUCCGGCAAUCAGACGUACCUGCUGUCGGCAACCGCGGUAGUACAUACGUUCUGCAACAUACACUCCGACUGUGCGGAAGAGGAGGUAGUACAGGCGAUCGUACAGAACCUGGAGGAAGAGUUGCUGGAAACGCUGCAGGAUGUGGGAUCGGAACUGGUGCACAAUCGUCGCAAACAUGAACGCGUGAUCGUGCUGCUAAUGUCACUGAGCAACAUGGGUGUGGUAAACGAGCAUUUCAAUUACGAGCUGCGCAAAAUUAUCGAAGGUGAUCAAUAUCCGACGUCGGUGCGCGUGGAAGCAGUGAACGUGUUUCGGCGCAGUGACUGCACCCGCACGAAGGAUUACUUCCUGAAGGUGUAUUCAUCGUUCCAGCAGGACGUGGAGGUGCGCAUCGCCGCAUAUCUGCAAGCCAUGCGCUGUCCCGAUUAUUUGUCGGUGAAAUUGAUUAAGCACGUGCUGAAAACGGAGGAAGUGAAUCAGGUGGGUUCGUUUGUGUGGUCCCAUCUGACGAAUCUGGCCAAAAGUGCGUCCCCGGUGCGGGUCGCAACGCAGGGCCUGCUGGCAGAGAAUGGGGAAAACUUUGGCAAAAAGUUCCGCCGAGACGUGCGCAUGUUUUCGCGCAACUACGAGCAGACACUGUUCUUCGAUGAGUAUAACUUUGGCUUGACGGUCGACAGUAACGUUAUCUUCAGUGCCGAAUCGUACCUGCCGCGCUCGGUUCGGUUGAACCUGACGACGGAUUUGUUCGGGGAGUCGAUCAACUUCCUCGAGCUGAAUGUGCGGCUCGAGGGGUUGGAAGAUUCGGUGCACCGAUUUUUUGGCCCGAAUGGAACGUACAGCGCCAAGAUAGUGAACGAACAACUGAUGAAGCACAUGAAGUUCCUGCGCCAAUACAUCCCCACUCAAAUUUUGGAGCUGUUUGAAGACGAUACGGUGGUGAGCGACGAUUUGGACGAUACUGAGGAUGGUGGGCGCCGUAAACGUGCUGCAGUGGCGGAGCGGUUGCCAGCACUGAUUGCGCGAAAAGUACAGGACGAGGUGGAUAAGCUUGGGUACCAUCUGAAGAGUAACUUCAACGAUCCGCUGUUCACGAUCGGUGUCAAGAUAUUUGGCAACGAGCUGAGCUACUACACCGAUGGAUUAGAACUGUGCAGCAUUGCGAACCAGCGCAAAAUGCUGAAGGAUUUGUUUUCCGGCAAAGAGCGUGCCUACACGAAGUCGUCUGUAUUUUUGGACACCUCGUACGAUGUACCGCUCAGUACCGGGAUGCCCCUGGCUCUGGGUCUUGUUGGCGCAUCGUCAGUAGAUCUGCGUAUGACGGGCAUUGUCCGUGCAUUAGAAUUUAACCGCUUUCUGGUGGACAUGGAGGGAAAAAUUAAGCCGAGCGUGACGAUUGACCUGACCGCCACGAUGAAAAGCGACCUUAUGUAUGCCGGCACGGCGAUCAAGGUGAAGACCAACCUGUACUCCAGCUCGGCCUGGUCGGCACAGCUAAAGAUACGCGGCAAGGAACAAGCCGUGCUGCAGGUUAGCUUGCCGCAGGAUCGUAACGAUAUCCUAAGCAUCCGAUCGGAAAUGCUUGUAUCGACGGGACGGCGAGAAGUACGCCAGCCUGGUAUUGAGAGCCGCUACUCCAACUCCACCUGCACGUGGCCUUUUAUCGAUCAGGCGAUCGGGUUGAAAAUGUGCGCGAACUACAGCAUGCCGAACGUAACUAGCAGCGGUGAUAUCGUGGUGCCGAGCCUUAUCCUUAGCGGACCGAUCAACUUCGACGUCAGCCUGGAGAAGGCAGAUCUGACGGCGAAGAUGUUUGCGCUGAAGUACAGCUGGACCGAACGGCAGAACCAUACGAUCGUGUCGGUGCUCUUCGAGACGCCCAAUUCGCACAUUCCCCGAAUAUUCCGUGCGAAUGUCACGCACGAAGCGCAACGUAAAACGGCCAGCAUGUCGUUCGUGAAUGGUAACAUCUCGCACAAGGCGGUCGGUAUCUACAUCAACAACCCGAAACAGCAUCGUAUGGAAAUGUCGUUGAAUGUGAACGAUCGUAAGUAUUUAGCGCUGGAAAUGGGCUACAACAAGACGGAGUUCCGCAAUGGCCGGAUGUACUAUCCGUUGUUCUAUCUGUCGAUCAAUAACGAACGGAUUGCCGGCAUGAACGGUCAAGUUAGGCAGACGGCGAAGAACAACGUUUCGCAGUGGGACUACACGAUCAUGUUUGAAACGAAGCGGGUUCGGGCGAAAACAAUCGGUUACGUAUCGAUUUCCUACGAUGCGACGUACAUGAUACACAACUCAAUGGAGUAUCAGUUUUCAUCAUCGAACAAGGUCGAGCAUGUGGUUGUCAAUGCGCUGGCAGAAGCGAUCAAGAAGGAUUUAAUGGUGUACCGCGGUAACUUCGACUUGCGUUCCAGCGCUUAUCCGAAAUUUGAUGUAGCGCUCAAUGCAACGCUGGUGCAGGGAAUUGGCCGUUUCGAUUUCACCUUGCUGCACAACAACGCACCGGAUUUGAAGGAUAAAGCGUACGACACCGUAGUUAAGCUUAUAUUCGCCAGCGACAAUCCAUUCCGCGGCCUACAGCUAAUGGCGGCCAACAGUCAACAGUCAAUGGAGAAUUUGAUGGAACGUACCAUCCUGUCGUUCGAAGUCAACAGCACUCAAUCAAAGACCGAAAUGAAGGCAAUGGUUGUCCACGAAAGUACGGCCAAAAAGGGUAAAGAUCAUACAGUGCGGAUGCUGCUUCGUUACGCCCCCAAUCGGAAUGUGGAAGGUGUGGUGUCCUUUUUCAUUCCACGCCAAAAGAUGUUUCGCUUUUUCGGUACGUUCAAUCUGACCGUGCCGGGCUUUCAUCCCUGUACCGCUAGUCUGAAAUUAAACGAAAUAUCCCGGAAAGAGCACAGUUUCGAUUUCACGGGAAUUUGGUUUUCGAUGCACGCGCUCAACGUUAGCGGUUGGUACAAGGACCGGAGUUCGAACGUGAAGAGUUACCACCAUGCGAAGCUAGCGGCACAUAUUGGACCUUCGUUGAAGGAAGCGUACGGUGAUCUGAUUUACAUCCAGGACGAGCUGGACAAUAAGCUGACUGUAAAAGCCUCUUACGAUAACAAACCGUACCAGAUCCUACUGCAGCAUACGCAACAAGUCGAGAAUGGCACCAAGAGCGUCGCGCGGCUAAAAUGGAAAGAAGAGCUGUAUAAGUUUACGGCAUUUUUAAAAUCUGUGCCGGUGAAGCAACUGGACAUCGAGUUACACAUCGAUAAAGUUCGCGAUGUGAGCAUGUCCCUUCGAGGCUAUUCGACAGCGCUGAAGCGGGAAGUCGGAGUAGAGAUCAAGUGGGAUGCUAACCGUGAUCCGACGCAGCGAUUCACUUUGUCGGGAGAAUUGAACACACCUAGGGAUCGGUUUUACGAUGGCAUAUUUUUGCUAUCCUAUCCUAACCGCACCUUCAGCGGCACGUUCGACUCGAUGCUGAGUGAUCCAAGAUAUUUAGCGAACGCCCGCGUCUCGUGGAACUCUAGCGAAGCGAUUGUGUUGCAUUUGGAUGCCCGCAAGGAUGAUGAUUUGUUCCCGAAAAUGUCACUAUUGCUAGAGUUGAAUUCAACGUUUAACGAUUGGCCCCGAAAUGUGCUGAACGGCACUUUUGUCUUCAAGAACAACAAGUUAAUCACGAACCUUAUUGCACACUGGGCCAACGAUAGGCAACUGGCGCUGGAACUGAUGGGCUACUACCGAUCGAACGAAAAGAUCUUUAACUGCGAGCUGGACACGAAACUAACCAGUACCCUCCAACAUGUGCCUACGGUAAAGCUGCAUCUGAAACACAAGUAUACAGCCAAUCGGUUCGAGACGAUAUGCUCGAUGAAACACCAGCCAGCGGACCAGCCGCCACAGGUGCUAUCCGUCCAUUCCAACUGGCAGUACGAUGUGGAUAAGCAUUAUAACAACAUCACCGGAUCGCUGAAACUGAUCAGUCCUUUCAACAGCUACCGGACCGGUGCACUUGUAACGAAGAUUUCUUUUAACGAAAACCGUGCCAUUACCGGUGCGGCCGAGGUGCAGUUGGACGACGAUCAGUACGAAAUGGUUGUGGAGGGACACGUGCGCAAUCUGGUCGACUGUAUGCUGACGACCAACAUUACCUCGUCGAACGUAAACUAUCGCAACAUUAAUGGACGUUUUGGUGUGAGCGAGAAGAACCGGCAUCUGGUGGCCGAAGUGAUCACGCCGAAAACUGCGCUCGGUAUAGAGCUGCUGUACGCGGUCGUCUCCACGCAGGACUUUGACGUAAAGUUCCACCUUGCGACACCGCUGAAGGAUCUGGAAAAGGUGAUUCUACGCGGUAAGCUCCAGUCGGAUAACAUUGAUUUCCGUGCCGGUAUGAACAACAUGGUGCUGGGCUGUACAGGCGUGUGGAGAAAGUUACAUUUGAAGGAUUUCGAGUAUUCGUACCGCAUCUACACGCCACUUCAGAAGUUUGAGGAGAGUGCGUUGAUCGCGAAAGUCGUUAUCGACAGCAAGCGACCAGAGUACGUCGAUGUGGAACUGUCGGGCAAGUUUUCGGAUUACAAACUGGGUCUGAAGGCUAUUUCGAAACCGAAACCGAAUCUGAUACUGCAGCUGCUGUCGCAAACGGCAUCCUCGAUGGUCGAGGACGAUCAGUGGACCUAUGAAGCUGCCGAGGAGUUGGAUGACGACGACGACGAAUACGAAGACGAGGAGGAUGACGAGGAGGACUUGCUUAACUUCAUUGGCGAUGUUGAGCUGUACACCAUUGUCCUACCCACGAUCGUAGGUACGCUGGAGCUGACCGAGCAAAAGUCGCGGUACCGUGCGAUCGGUAAACUUAAACUACCGCAAGGUGACAUCGACAUCCGGAAUCGGUUCUAUCUCAAGGAUUUCUUGAACAUGCAGAACAGCUUGCGUCUCAAGACACCGUUCCCGGUGGCGAACUUGGUAACGUCGGAGAUGUUGCUGAAAAACUCUUACAAGGCGACGGAUAUAACGGUUGGUAUGAACGUAAAGUUUAACAACCGCUCGGAAUGGGUCAACACCGGCUUCCGUGUGAACUACAAGUACAGCCUGGAUGAGGCCGAGGUGCAUAAACAUCAAGCGCUGGUCGAUCUCAUGACACCGAUGAAAAAUUUGCAGAAAGUUUUCCUCAAUGGCACGCUAGAGUUGGAAGACCACAGCUAUAAAGGAAAUUUGACCGCUAAAACCAUGACCACAGAUGCAUCGUUGGCAUUGUCGUUUGAGAGCGAAGAUGAGUUCAUCGAUACAUUCAUGAGCAUUUGGGUGCGUGCGCCACUAAUGCCAUACUAUGCAUGUCGUGUGUUCUACAAGCAAGAUUUCUCCAACACCGAAAACCUGAUGGAUUUGGGCUUCAUGGUAAACGACGGCGAUUUGUACAGUAAUUUCCGCAUGGAUGGAAGCUGGUCGUUUGCGAAGCCCCAUUACAUCAAGGGCGUCGGAAAAUAUCAAUCCAAUUUUCUACCGAUCAAUUUAAUUAAUACCGAUUUCCUGAUCACCCGAUCACCGUUGCCUAAAGCUUACUGUAAUAUUAAAUUCCACGACAAGAACGGUUUGGCCGAGGAGAUCCGAGCGAAAGCGGAGCGGAACCGUGAAAUGUUCACGAUUGACCUUAGCGUACCGAUGGAGGAUUAUAAGAAUUUGUCCAUCCAUGGACGUCUGCAGCAUCGCCAGGGUAGUGAGUACGCCGUCUCCGGCCAGCUGUACCGCAACGAGUACGUUUUCCAACUAGAGGGUGACGCAACGAUCACUGACGACAUUCCGUACAGAGCAGAGCUAGUGUUUCAACCGCUUUCUGCGGAAGGUUCGAUAGGAUCGAUUCGGUACCAGUGCACAAAGAAUUCGGCCAUCACCGAGUUAAAUCUCGAGCUGGAAAGUGGUCCCAAAGUAGCCAAACUGGGCGGUAGCUUCAAAUUGUCGGCAAUGUCCGAUUGGUUCAUGAAGCUGGGCUUGGAAUCGUCCGAACCGAGUCUGAAAAAUGUAGAUUUCAACAUCGGAAUAAGCCCGGAAGCAAGUGGAAAAGCGCUGGGCAAGUUCAAUCUCCAUUCGCCCUGGGUAAAUUACGGUGUCGAUCAGGCUGAUAUCGAGAUGGUAUUCGAUGUACAACCCAUUUCGGGUUCGGUUGUUGCGCGGUACAGCAUUAGAAACGUGUCCGGCAAUGCUAGCUGCCUGUGGAACUGGGCACUCAAGUCAAACAUGCAGUUUGCCCUGGAGAAUCGAGUGUUAAGAGACUCGAUCGAGCGUUACUUCCGCACAGGCGUGCGAUACGUGAGCCCGGAUGUGGAAAACAACCAUAACCUAACCUUUGGUGGUGAUCUCAACUUGAAUAACGUCUGGGUGUUCAGCGCCAAUGCGUCGGUCGACUUUAUUUCCAUCCGCGAUCUGUCGGCUGUGAUGAAAGUACAGCUACCGAAGCCGGUGGGAGAUGUACACACGUUAGCCUAUGUUAUGAACGGUGAUCUACCCUUCAUAGAGCCGGUGAAAACCUUCAACAUGGAAACUUCGUACGAAACUGAUGAAAGCCGCAAACGGUACGCUUACCAUACGGAGUACAGUGCUUUUGGUGAUCUUCGAGCGCUGGUGCGCUUUGAUUGGGGUCCCGAUGUUCGCAAGGAACGGAUUCAGUCAGUGUUGAACAUGUUCCGAAACGGGGAAAGCCGGGAGUUAAUGGCACGAUUACGAGGGCCGUGGCAUUUGGAAGACGCAUUUUCCGCACACGGAACAUUCAAUAUUGUGGAUUUGUUAUAUCUCUUUAGUGGCAAUAUUUCCAUCCCGGCAUCAACAAAGGUGGCAAGCGCUAAUGUGGCGUUUACCAAUCUGUCUAACAUGAAGGGUGAUUUUAAUUGCACCACUCCGUUCUUGAACGUAUCGUGGAUCCAUGGACAGCUGGAGUUUAUUGAAAACCCGAUCGAAUCCAUACGGUACCUGAAGGGAACGUGGCCUGAAUCGAGCGCUAUUUUUGAUGCGAAAGCAACCUAUCGGAAUAGUAAUAAUGCGCGCGAGCAGCAAGGAACGAUAAAGAUCGAAGUGCCGUUGCAAACUAGACAUUUUGCUGAGGUCAAGUAUGGUCUAGCGCAGCGACCAUUAAUCACAAACGGCCAUGCAGAGAUUGACUAUAACAGUGAGAAGGUGCUUAGCGGACAGUACACCUCGAAGGAGGAAUCAAGGGCUGGCUUCGAUAAGGAAACGAUAGAUGUUACGCUGAGAAAUAAAUACAUGCCGGUGGGAGUACUUUAUGUGCACUCUUUAAGCACAUUAGAUCCGGUUGUGCAAUCGCUGGACAUCAAGCGAGCAGAAAUAUUCCAACUGGACAAUAAAACCAAUUUCAACAUUACCGGAGAGCUCCAUGUGAUGCGGAAGGAUAUGGGUCAGGAAUAUCUCGUGAAAGCUAUCCACUCGAACCGUACCGUAGUGUUGACGGCCGACUUCGAGGAGGAGAAUAAUGUGAGCAAAAAGAAAUCCAAGCUGCAGCUAUCGCCCAACGUGUGGAUUGCGUACGAUUUUAAGCUUACCAACCGGUCGCGCGAUGACUUGGCGUCACAGAACUUUACGCUACAAAUAUCCUACCCGAAGCGUAACAUUUCAGCGGAUGGAUGGUACUCGUACACGAAGAGAGCCUUCGAUUCGGAUGUUACCUUCUCGUACAGCCCGAAUCGCACCGAAAACUCCGAGGACGAACGCGUCUUGCCGAAGGAGCGUACGAUUCGAGGCGGGAUUCAGUGGCGUGACCUGUUCAACAGGACCACCAAUGGGCAGCAUAUACGUGUGGCGUUGGGACAUCCUAGUUUCCAGCAGGAUGUCACGUUGAAUGCACACUACUUCACCGAUCCGAAGCAUUGGUUCAGCUCCAUGAUGGAACUGCGUUACAACGAUGAUGAUGAGCAUCUGAUGGCGAUGGGCUUUGAUUUGAACGAUCUUAAACCAGUCGUUGGUUACUGGAACUAUUCGUACCAUCUUUUUAGCAGGCACGAUGCGUCGGACCUGGACCUUGAUUCGAUCGGAUCGGUCGGCGUAAGACAAGGACUGUACGGUGUGAGUUCGAAUUCGCACUACAAACGUGCCUAUCUGUCGCAGAUGCACGGACAUGUGCUGGGCUGGAUAAAUAUGCCUAAGAAGGAAAUGCAUUACGAGCGAAUAACUUCCCAAAGUAAAUAUCGCCUGUGGACUAAGGCAGAAGGUGCGUAUCCGGUGUAUCUGAUCAAUGGAACGCUUCUGGAUGGCCCGGAGGUAGAUGCCGUAGGAUUCUUCUACCUAAACGUCGACGACAAACUGGUGCAGAUGAAGAUCAACAUAACGCCCGACGGCUCAGAAAACGUGCACAUGUACGGCAUCAUACCGGAUUCGCGCAGUGCCUAUUUCGACUUCUGGAGAGACUAUGAUAAUGCGCGCGAAGUAGACGUGACCUACUACCUGAAGAUGAACCAUUCGCGAUUAAUUACUGGGCACCUGCUGUGGCGCCCACAGAUCAAAUCGGAUGUCCAGAACUGGAUCAAAGAUUACGUGAACCGAAUGCACCACGGAUUGCUGGAGUAUGCCGAGUUUUGGAUCAAGCACAUAUACUUAGAAACAAAGGACACCACGGCGAGCAUUAGCGAGGCCGCCCUACCGUACGUAGAAGGGUUGCUUGAGGACGUUGCUGGUUUGAGCGUACUGCAAGGCGAUCUGGAAGAUUUGGAAAAGUUCCUCAACGCGUCGUAUGCGGCGGAUGAUUUUUACAUACGCUCGGCUAUUAAUUUUACCAUCACGGUGCUGGACGAGCUGGCGAUAAGAAAUAAGAUCACAUCGCUGCCAAAGAUUCUGACCGAGCUGUGGAAUGUGAUGGGCGAAUCGGGAGAGGCUUUCGGGAAAUCCAUCACUUGGUUGCUGGAACGCGUGAAAAUCACGUAUCAGAAAUUGAUCGAUAUCGUUGGAAGAAUUUUCCAGGGUGAUGCCAUGCGUUACUUGUCAUCUACGUUGGAAAAUUCUCUGGAGCGGUAUGAUAAAUUCGUGAAGGACAUACAUCUGCAGUUUAUAAAGAAUAUUCAGGAAAUGUGGGAAAAGACUGCGGCGAUGGCAACAACAUUUUGGCACAAGAUGCUACAGAACAUAGAACCUACGAUAAUCCGACUGGCGCAUUACGGCGAAUCGCUCGGCUGGUAUGUUGGGAAUGAAAUAUUCACAUUUUUGUACAACAAAACGCAAGAAAUUGCAGACUCCCCGUACUUUAAUACGGUCACGAACUUCACCCAAGAUCUGGACAAUCUGUACAAGGAUCUGGUGACGAACGACAUGUUCACGAACUUGGAAAAGUACUCAUCGAUUACGCGGCGGUUCUUGUGGGAAAAAUACUUCCAGCUGGUUCCCUUUGCACGGGAGUUGUACCAGGUGGUAGAGGGUUUGAAGGAAGAGAUCAAGGAGCUGCGCAAGAUCGAGUACGUAGAGUUCUUCCUACAGCGCUAUGACGAAGCACAAGCGAAGGUGGAAUGGCUUGCCGAGGAGUUCCAGGUAAAGAGGCGCUUGCAUCAGCUGUGGGUAAUCUUGCGCAAGAAGCUGUCACAUAUGGCGCAGACCGCACUGCAGACCGAAAAUCACUACCGUGAGGCGAAAACCAAGUUCAUCUUCGAUCCGGAUAAUGGCGUCAUUGAGCUGGAACAGAAGCUUCCCAUGUCGUGGCAUGCGUUCAACGAAACGCCCAAAUUUGACGAGAUUCCUGAGUUCAAGUACAUCACCGAUGUGCAGGAUAUGUUUGCCGGUAGCAAUACGACGGUCUGGACGUUGUGGCAGCAAAUAUGUCCGUUUGCUAAACCCCAAAUGUGGUUACCACCGUUUAAGAGUGUUGGAUUGCUGAUCGGCUCGAGACAUUACAUGUCGUUUGAUAAACGUUUCGUAUCGCUUGAGCUGAAUGACUCGAAUAAGUGUCGGUACUUGUUGGUACAUGACUACCACAAUCAAUCGGUUACGCUGCUUUUGGAACCAUCGCUACAAAACCACGACCAACCAUCUCGACAGAUCACGAUCAUAACAGAUGAAGAAACAAUUGCGAUCGAUGUGUUUAAAAUGUCCGUGAAAAUCAACAGCAAAGAAGCAACUGCACUGCCUGCAAUGAUAGGCAGUAAGACGGAAGUAUUCCAAGAGUCGGACCUGCUGUACGUGCAGUCACAGCAUGGUUUCCUGCUUGCGUGCAGUCUUCGGUAUCACCUAUGCUGGCUGGAAUUGGACGGGUGGUACUUUGGCAGAGUUGCCGGUUUGCUUGGCACAAUGAACAACGAACCGUUCGACGAUCGGAUCACCUCGAGCAAUCGGUACAGCGAAACAGAUGAACAGUUCCUUAACAGCUGGGCUCUGCCGGGUUGCGACGCACAAGUUACUGCAACGAACCACACCAGCAACUAUUACAGAGCUUCAAACAACCUUAGCCAGUUGUGCGAUGAGUUCUUCCACCAGAAGAUGUCGUACCUAUCCACCUGCUUCUCGGAACUCGACGCUACGCCAUUCUACGAAAUGUGUAUGGAUUUGGGUAGCAAUCUGCAGCCCUCCAACGAUAACUCUACCGAGCUGUACCGUGGUGCGUGUACGGCCGCAUUGGCAUACAUUCAGGCUUGUAUGCUCGAGAAUGUUCUGUUGCGCGUGCCGGAUAAAUGCAUUAGCUGCCAGCUAAUGAACGGGACCUAUGUAGCAGAGGGAUCAUUCGAGAAUUUACGUAACGAAAGUGUCCCGAGCGCGGCUGACGUGGUGUUCAUCGUGGAAGCAAAGCCCUGCAACGAUGAGUUUGUGCAGACGAAGAGCAUCAAUCUGCUGGUAGAUGGUAUCAACCGUGAGCUGCAGCAGUUGAACAUUAACGAUACACUGUUCGGGGUGGUGGCGUUCGGUGGUUUGGCACCGUUUGAUCGGCCACACAGUGUCGUCGUUGGCAACAAUGUGUUCGAAACGUACGAUCGGCUGCAACCGUUCUUCGAUCACAUCACGAUCGGCAAUGGUACGAACGAAGACAUCUUCGACGCCAUAAUAAAGGCCUCGAAGCUCAUCUUCCGUCCGGGAGCAUCGAAAACGUUCAUCGUGCUACCGUGCUCACGCUGCAUCGAAUCCAGAAUGAGGCUAGACUUUUCCUCGAUGGCGCAACUUCUGCUCGAGAAUGACAUCAAGCUUCACAUCCUGGCCGAUCACGACCUGUCGUUCCAAAAGUCUCGCGUUUCCCGGCUGUUUUACGGCAUGGAUAGCAAGGUAGCUUACACGAAGAAGGACGUGAAGGAGCUGAAGGGCGAUGCGGAGCUGCGACAGCAGAUUCGGCUGCCGAAGAAAACGCUUGGCGAAUGUAUUGCACUCGCGCUGGAAACGGACGGGUCCAUAUUUGGAGGCCACAAGCUGCGUCAGGAUCGCUCCAACACGAACAACACGAAGAAGUUCAUCAAGGUGUUUGCGAAACGUAUCGCGGUUUCGGCCCAACCGAACACUUGCCAAUGGUGCGAAUGUACCGGGCACAAUACCGGUGUGGCGUACAUGCAGUGUACGCCGUGUCACUAUCCUUCACCGUUCUCGAUGGACGACGAAGAUAUGACGGAAGACAUGUUACUGUCCGCGAUGCAGCCAGACGAUGACUUUUUGCUGGACGAUGAGUACGAGCAGUUCUGAUAGUAAGGGCUGAAGCACAAGGGUUAACUGAACGGGCGAAACGUUAGUUUAUAAGCAUUUUAUGCAAAUUAUGCGGCAUAUUUCUAGAGUAAAUUGAUCAAACAUGUAAAGUUGAGGUGAAACAAACGUAUAUUUAGUGUUAAUAUACAAUAAAACUAAAUGAAAAAGAACAACAAUAAAUAAGCUAAUUAA